AUGGCAGCCUCACAACUAGCAGCACUGGAAGAAGAGCCAGGGGCUGAGGUAGUCGUUCUCACCCAGGCCAGCCCCGGCUUCCUGUAUUCUGAGGGCCAGCGGCUGGCGCUGGAGGCUCUGCUGAGCAGGGGUGCAGAGGCCUUCCGCGCCUGCGUGCAGCAGGAGGGGCUGCGGCCCUUCCUGAGUGGGGAUGAGGUCCAAGGCCUGGCCACGGCUGCUGAGGACUGGACAGUAGAUGGACAGGAGCCCACUGGGGCAGCCCAGGAAACUACCACCUCUGAGGCGGGUGGGCACAGCCUGACCUACUGGCCUGGGCAAUCGGAGGAGCCCACCCCCGAGCUGCGGCUCGGCUGGCCGGAAGACGCAGCCUGGAAAGGCAUCACGCGGGCGCAGCUGUACACGCAGCCCCCUGGCGAGGGCCACCCGCCCAUCAAGGAGCUGGUGCGAGGGCAGAUCCAGGCCGCCAACAAGCUGGUGGCUGUGGUCAUGGACGUCUUCACUGACCCAGACCUGCUGACGGACUUGGUAGACGCUGCCACGCGCCGCUGGGUCCCCGUCUACGUGCUCCUGGAUCACCAGCAGCUGCCUGGCUUCCUGGUGCUGGCUCAGCAGCUGGGUGUGAACCCCUGGACCACGGAGAACCUGGACAUCCGUCUGGUUCGAGGCUGCACUUUCCAGAGCCGCUGGAGGCGGCAGGUGAGCGGCGGUGUGCGGGAGAAAUUUGUGCUCCUGGAUGGUGACAAGGUCAUCUCAGGAUCCUACAGCUUCACGUGGAGUGAUGCGCGCCUGCACCGAGGUCUGGUGACCCUGCUGACCGGGGAAAUCGCCGAGGACUUCAGCCGUGAGUUCCGGACGCUGUAUGCCACCUCCUGCCCGCUCCCACCGGCACCUCCACGGGUGUCCCUAAACACCAUCAGUGUCCCGGGAGACCCGCAGCUGCUGGCCCGGAGCCCGCACCGUGUGGCCCAGCGCUGCCCGGUCGCCCCAGUGUCCCCGCUGCCGCCCGAGGGAUCCCUGAGCCGCCGCCUGGCUGCCUGCCGGGCCCUGCCGGGGGCGGGGCGGGAGACGCCCGCGCCGGGGCCCGCGCUCAGCGACAUCCUGCGGAGUGUGCAACGCGCCCGGCCCGCCAGCGGCCCCCCGGCCCGGCCCAGCCGCUCCCUGUGGGACCUGAGCCGCCUGUCUCAGCUGUCAGGCUCCAGUGAUGGGGACAACGAGCUCAAGAAAUCCUGGGGCUCCAAGGACACCCCGGCCAGGGCCCUAAUGAGGCAGCGAGGUACAGGAGGGGGUGUCUGGGGUGAGGUGGACGCCCGCCCGCUGGCCUGCUCGCAGCCCUGGGGCAGCCCCCUGGCCCCGGCCCGCCGCCGCCUGCGCUACCUGUCCCCUGCCCAAAGGAGGCUGGGUGAAGAGGCUACAGCCAAAGUCGGGGAGCACCGAGUAGCCCUGCAGCCCGACUGGAGCCCUCGCUUUGGACUUGGGGGACAGCACUGAUGAGGGCCACUGUGGGGACAGCUGGCUGGCUGCAGGGCCUGCUCCCACUUUGUUCUAGAAUCUAGUCUAGAGCGGCUCAGCCUCAGUGCUACCCUCACGGAACCUGGCAGAAACUUUCCAGGGUCUCGAACCCUAAAACAGUGCACAUGGGGUUCACCCAGGCCUCUGAGGAGGCUGGGAGC